AUGGAAAGGGAUCUUCGCCGCCGCGGGGCCAGCAUGAGCGCCCUGCAGCGCCUGGUGGAGCAGCUCAAGCUCCAGGCGGCCAUGGAAAGGAUCAAGGUCUCCCAGGCUGCCGCAGAGCUUCAGCAGUACUGCAUGCAGAACGCUUGCAAGGACGCCCUGCUAGUUGGUGUUCCAGCUGGAAGUAACCCCUUCCGGGAGCCCAGAUCCUGUGUUUUACUCUGAAGAACGUAGAGAAGUUUGCUGAAGAACGUUUUGCAGUGCAUAUUAUGAAUGGCUGCCUCCAAGUCUCAAGAAAACACUUAUCUCUCGUCAAAUUAAGAUAUUUCAGACAUUUCCUAUGACUUAGACCUAGAGCCAGAAUUAUACAGAAAUAUGCCCUAACCCUAACCCAAUAAAACUAGAAUAGAUUUAAAUAAUAAUGAUUUGAAUUUUGCGCCUUUGGGAGGGGGGGGAGGCUAAUACUCUGCACUUCAGACAAAUACCUUAUCACCAAUAAUUCCAAAAUGGACCUCUUUCAUAAGUAAAUUUGUAUUUGUGUACCUCACAUAUUAUGUAUGUUUUGUUUACUGUAUAUUUACAUUUUGGGGAAUGAAAUACUUGUUUAUUAAAAAUUUUUUAGCAUUUGUUUUUCCUGAAUAAG